AUGAAUGCGCAACGAACAGCUAUUCACGAAUCACGAUUGACCAAAUCACCCCUUCCGAUUCCUGAACAAGACGACAACCACGACCUCUUGACACAACUAGACACGGCGCACAUCGAUACUCUCCAGGUGCAGAGCCCUACAACAACCCUCCAGUACAGCGACCCAAGCCGAAUCGCCGUGCUCCUCCUCAACGCCGUCGCCAUCCUUUCUGAAGACCGCUUCCUCGCGCGCGUUGGUCUGUCAGCCUCAUCGCACGACCCAGCCUUUGGUGCCGGACCCGGUGGGGACCAGAGCUUCAAGUUUAAGCUCAUGAACAUGAUUGCCAGCGUGCGCAUGCUCACGAGAGGUACGUAG